CAGGAGCCGCAGGUUGUGAACUACGUCAAGUUCUGCGCCGCGGUGGACGAGGUCUUCUCCCAGCACGGCGAGACAUCCUGGGGAAUAGCCUCCAUUCGUGGCUCGCCUGUGGGCAUGGGGAAGUCCAUGUCGGGGAAGUCCCUGUCGCAGUCCACCCUGAUGGGCCACAUUAGGGGCACGGACGAGGAGGAGGAGAAGCUGGACAAGCUGCUGCACCGAAUCGCCAGCCUCUGCAGGAUCCGGGGAGUGACCUUCAAGGACUGCUACACCGAUCACGACCGCGCCGCGAUCGCCUCGCCCUCGCGGAUGCACCCCAGCCGCGGCGGCAAGUGUUCGAUGAACCAAUUCAUGCGGGGCUUCCCUUUCAAGAAGGAGUUCACCCCUGAUGACAUUGCCUUCGUCGCGGAACACUUCAGCAUAGACCAUAUCACUGUUCACUUCAUGGCCCUCCACCAUGAGGUCUCGGAGCUCAUGGUGCACGAAGGGCAGCCCUUCCCGCAGAGUCCGCUGACGAUAAGGGCCGACCCGACGGAGUGGAGCCACUCCGAGUUGAGCGCCAUCGCUAAGCUCCGCUCCAAGAUCGUGGAGAGGCGCGUGCGCACCUACGAGCAGUUCCAGG